CUGCUCAACUGAGGCACUGAGUGAGUGAGACACACGGAGAUGAAGAAAAACAGACAGUAGACGGAAGGACAUGUGACAGUGAAUACUUUGCAGGAACUGCCUGAACAGACAUUUCUACUUUUUAUGGGAGGCAGGAAACAAGACAGCUACCUGUGGAGAUGGGAAGUACAACCCCCCCAGGGUACCUCAAUAUGAGUACAGAGAUGGUCACCACAUCAGACCCAGCUAAGCAAGAGGAGAGUUACAGUGAAGCAACAAUGAUCCUGCUGGCCAUGAUCAUGUCCUUACUCGUCCUGUGCAUAGUCUUUGGCAACAUCCUGGUCAUAACAGCGAUCGCCCGCUUCCAGCGUCUCCAAAAUGUCACCAACUGUUUCAUCACAUCCCUAGCCUGUGCCGACCUGGUCAUGGGUCUCAUUGUGGUUCCUUUUGGUGCCUGUUACAUUAUAUUUAAGACUUGGCACUUUGGUAGCUUCUGGUGUGAGUUCUGGACUGCGACCGAUGUGCUCUGUGUGACGGCGAGCAUCGAGACCCUGUGUGUCAUAGCUAUAGACCGAUAUUUAGCCAUCACCUCUCCCUUCCGCUACCAGUCCAUGCUGACCAAGUGCAGGGCGCGCAUUGUGGUUGUGCUGGUGUGGGUGAUCGCCGCCUUGAUAUCUUUCCUUCCCAUCCACAUGAAGUGGUGGAUAUCAGAUGAUGAGGAAGCUAAGAGGUGCAUAGAGGACAGUAACUGUUGCGAGUUCUACACCAACAUGGCUUACGCCAUCACCUCCUCUACCAUAUCCUUCUACAUCCCUUUGGUCAUCAUGGUUUUUGUCUACAGCCGCGUAUUCCAGGAGGCCAAGCGCCAGCUGAAGAAGAUUGACCAAAGUGUUGGACGCUUCCAUAACAGCGACAACAGCAACCUCAAAUCUCUGGAGGCCAACAACGGGCGUGGCAACAAGAAGGCCAAGUUUUGCCUGCGGGAACACAAAGCCCUAAAGACCCUGGGCAUCAUCAUGGGGAUCUUCACUCUGUGCUGGCUGCCCUUCUUUCUGCUCAACGUGGUGGUGGCCAUAUGGAAAGAGCAGCACAACGACCUCACCUUCAGGAUACUCAACUGGAUCGGUUACGCAAACUCUGCCUUCAACCCGCUCAUUUACUGCCGGAGUCCUGAGUUCAGGUAUGCCUUCAAGGAAAUCCUGUGCAUGAAGAGGAACCGCCUCAGCAACCCAGGGCCCGUGAAUGGAUACAUCUACAGCAGACACAGCUGGCAGAGCGAGCAGCAAGGGAGGAGUAAGGGCAACUCGGAGGACAGUGACGCCAACGAAGGGUGUGUGGGAAAGGGAGCCGGGGUCUGCAGUGUUGUGGACAGAGCGGUGGACCCCAACGGGAAUUGCAGCAAAGGCCUAACGACCGUAACGACUGUCCUUUAAACUGGAAUCCCUGAGACUUCUGUCAACGGGGCGAUCCAGACAUGUUUACACUGCUAUCAUAAACCUUUUCCCAUUGACUAAUGAAGGUAAGACCAGUCAAACGGACUGGUAGAGUCCCUGGAGACUUCUUUAAAAAAAAUACAAAAUAAUCAUGUUCAGCUGAGGAAACUAUUCCUCUUCCUCUUUCAACACAGUGAAUUAAUACUGUAGGUAGGUCAUUUGUUCUUUUGUUACAUUUAUCAUGUUUAAUUUCCAUCUACCUCAUCACAUCAUUUUCAAUAAUUGUUUCUUAACUGACUGUCAAAGCUAUUUCACGUGAAGUCACUGUCCACAGGAGUUAAACUAGGACAGUGUCUCAGCUGUUUAUUCAUGCUACUAAAUGGUCUGUGCAUUGUAUUGUAUUGCUGUUUUGUGUCUUGGAGUUCUUGGCAAAAGAUCUCACAACCUACUAGCAUGAAAAUGUUUUUGAAAUUCAAAGUCAGUGUUGUCGGAGGCUGUAAAUUCCAUUCGGACUUGCCAAUUCGGCGUGGAUGUUGAGUUUUUCCAUCAGAAAAUGGACGAGGAGCACGGAACGAUCAGACUUAAUGCCUCUCUGGUGCUUCGUUUGACGAAAUACAUUCCAAAUCAAGCAAAAUUAUAAUUUGGCUGUGCUUCGUUUCCAUUUUAUUUUUUGACGGAUUGUCUCGGUGUGAAAGAUGAUCAACAACAGGUGUGGCAGAACCUGCCUCUCUCUCGCUCUCUCCUCACUGCUCAGCAAUGUUAUGAGGCCCUGCUCCCUGCUCUAGUGUUUUACAGCCUGUUGCAUGGGAGUUUCUGUUGCCAGCAGAUAGCACCAGAGAUAUGAGGUUAUCCACAUCUUACUGUCGCAAGCUGAGAAACGCCUGGGGCCAUCCUCCGUUAGUCAUGUGAUAAAACUUGCAAGUUUGUGGUAUUGGCCAGAUUCCAGUAUCAGCCCUGAAGAUAUCUAAUAUGUUUCGGUGCAAAGAUGGCAUUGUGGUGAAUGUGGUUAAUCCUGGGUAUUGACCUUUAAGCUUGCAGCUGUUAUAUGAAUAAAUUCAAAUGUGGCGUUCCUUAAGGUUUGCUACUGCACAGCCUACCAGUCACAAAUUGCAUUCAGUCCAUGGGUUCAUUCGUGCAACAUCAAAAUCAGUAUUUGGUACAUUAUAGGACUAUUUAGUAACUUUAAGGUUAAACUAUUCCUCUGCUGUCCCUUCCAUGUGCCGGUAGCAACAGUUGUCCCUUUUGUUGCACGAGCCAUGUUUGUUUAUUACAUUUUGUGGUUGCUGUGUUUCAGCAUCCACAGUGUUUACUGAAACCAGAGAAGCCGUUUCCUUAGCCAUGGCACAAGGGUACAAACCACAGACAAUAAUAAACAGUGCGUCGAAACGGCCAAGUGAUAACAAAGUUCCAGGCCCGCGUGGUGGUGGUGACUGCUCGGGUCAAUGAAUGGAGGUGGGAGAACAGUCCUGAGCAGUGCACCUUUGUGCUGCUCCCUGACAUUUCCCAGAGUCUCCUCACUGUAAAUGAUGUCUCGAUCUUCAUGACAGCAGUCUAACAUUUGGAUAAAGAACUCUGCUUAGCAGUGCCUCAGCGGCUCCAGUUGUUUCAGUCAGUCUACUUUAGACGCUGUUUGGUGUGCAGUCUCCAGGAAAUGCCCCAAUCCAGCUGAGCCCAACCCAAUAAACACGAAUAAAUCCAUUAUCUCCGCCGUUUAGCUGGUGCAUCAGAUAACUCUGUCUUCAAAACAACACUGAAGUAGAUUAGUAGAUUACAAAGUAUAUGGUUUCCUACUUGCAGGUUGUGAUGAGAUCCAAUCGCCCAACCUGAAAUGAGACUCUUCUUAUCACCAGUCUCAGGAUCACAGGCCCUUGGGAACGUCAUUUUUUGACUGAGGCAAGCAUUAAUGGAAAAUGAGCACUUAGCAUGCUGGGCUUGGAUUGGGGGAAUUCACACAUGUUUCUCACACUACAUGGCUUUCAAGAUCAUUACUCUAAAGAGCAGUAAUGGAGAUGUUAUUGCAGAUACGUCCCCCUUUCCCCAGGCUGUUUGGCGAUCUCUAGUAUGUUCUGAUCAAAGUGACAGCAAGCUAAAUGUGGCUACUGACAGCAGGAGGGGGAGCAGGGAUUCUCUGCCAGUCUAAUUCGGUGUUAGUGACCUGUGUUUUAGUGCAUGUUGCGUUGCCUCUGGAGUAAGGUCAGCUGACACCGUCAAAACUGUGAACUUUGUUCCCUCAGAGGAAUCUUUGUGUACUGUAUCGCUCGGUUUGGUCAGCAGUGUUGUUGUAGACCUUAGGAAUAUACGUAACUACGGUGUCAUCAUACGUCAAUGUUUGCCAUGUGAAAAACAAGCUUUCCAUGAUGUUGAUCUUUUUUCUGUUUUUCUUUUUCAUGGAUUUACAGCAAAGUAAAUGCAGGGGUUGAAUGUCAUAAGAAAUGUUCUCCAGGGUAUUUCUCAAUAUUUUCACUGUACAGCAUGCACAAAGCACAAAACAGUUAAAGAUUCUAGACCAAAAUUUUGAUACAUGACUGUUGUAAUUAUUCACUCACAUUCAAUUGACACAUUAAUGCUAAAUUGAUGAGUCACUGCUGGAUUUGAAAAAGGUCUGUAUUCAACACAUUUGUCAUGUUUAGAAGCACUUAAUCGUUUGCAUGUGUGCUAUGUAUUUGUGGUGUUGUGUUUGGGGACCGUGGUGCCGUUUCCUCUCAAAGUGAUCUGUUUUUGUUCAGGUGGAGCAGGUUGUGAACUAUAUAUCCACACUGCUCCCUCCUGGCAGUGGCCUCUCCUUGCACCUCAGCUGUCUCAGAGUUAUUAAUGGUUACUGUUUCGUCGAUACGCCUGUAUAAUAAGGAAUGUAAUUCAUGUCUUCACCUCCUCACGCUGGAGGACACAACACAGCUAUGUUCAAUGAGUCUUGAAUGAUUAUCUGGCACUACAAACAUUCCAAGUACAGCUGAUAGUUUGGAACCAUAAACCAUGUCUACUGAUGCAUACAAUGGACAUUCAGUUCUCCCACCAAAGUUGGGCCCAGGUUACUGACCUUAUCCACUGGUAUGGUCAUACCAGCUCUGCAGACAUAAAAGGCUAAUUUAAAAGUGGACUCUGGGUGAAAGAUGAGUCUUGGAGGAUAUAUCACCAUGUGGCACGUCUAUUUUCAAUGUAAGAGAAUACAAUUGAUGUCAGGGAUUGACACAUUUUAUGUAGUCAAGGCUCAGGUGAGCUAAUGCUAAAGCUGUCCUUACUGAUUCAUCAUUGUUCCUAUUCAAUAUAAGUCACUUUUCCCCACAAGACUAGCCCCCCAUGAUAAACUUAAAGCAGCACUUUAUAGCACUUUCAUGAAACGCUUGCAGAAGAACAAGUGAAUCCAUGUUUGAGUUCAUGAACUAUAAAUAAUUAAUGGCUGGAGAGUUACGCCUGUUCUCUUGUACCAUAAUAUUUUCGUGGAAGUCCUCUUUCCUGUUUGUGACAAAAGACUGAAGAAAGACUGAGGAGCCGUGAGAAAUGGUUGCUGCAGGACCUCAGCACAGACGCUGUUGAAGGCAGACUGUUCUGAUGAAUUGAUGUAGCCUAUGUGAAUGUGAAUUUUCUAUGAAACUUAAAUAUUGCUUUAGCCGUCACAUGAACAGUAAACCUAUUAUAUGUGAACCUUUUUUCAUGGCCAGAGUGAAAAAAGUCGUCACUCAGCUGAAUGUUUACUAAAUGUUUGCAAGCUAUUUUCGCACAAGUUUUUUGUCACAAGGUAAUGAAGCCUGUUACGACAUGUGGUGUCCUUUGGUAUUUAUGAAAAAGCAAGUGUAUGUGCUGUAACAUUUGUAUUGAAAUAAAUUAUGUACAUGUUG